AUGACACCAUUUGAGGCUUUGUAUGGUGUACCUCCUCCCACCUUGUUACAAUAUGCAGCAGGUACAACUCAGAAUGAAGCAGUAGAUUCAGAAUUAAGAUCUCGAGAGGAGAUUUUGUCCUUAUUGAGGAAAAAUUUGCUGGCAGCACAAUCUACCAUGAAACAACAGUAUGAUAAGAAGCAUGUUUAUAGGCAAUUUCAAGUUAGUGACAUGGUUUACUUGAAGUUACAGAAGUACAAGCAACACACUGUGGGAGCUGUUGUUAAUCCUAAGUUGGCAGCACGAUAUUGUGGCCCCUUUAAGGUGUUGGAGUGUAUUGGGACAGUAGCAUAUAGACUGGAAUUACCACCAACUUCAGCUAUACAUCCAGUGUUUCAUGUGUCCAGAUUAAAGAAGCAUGUGGGACCUUUGAAGAUUGUUUCCUCAGCAUUACCAUUACAAGAUUCACAUGGUGCAAUUAGGACUGAGCCUGAGAAAGUUCUGCAAAGAAGAAUGACUCCUGUGGACAACAAACCAUUUAUUGAGUUGUUGAUUAAAUGGCGUGGGGCCUCUGAGGCAGAUGCUACAUGGGUUCCUGUUGAGCAAUUACGAUUGCAAUACCCUGACCUUGUGGGUUCUUUGAUCUCAAAUAGUAUGGAUUCUACUGCUAGUAGAAGUAGAGAUUGUGGAGACAAGGCCAGUGAUCCUGCACCGGCGGAGGCUUCCACCCCGACGAUGGCAUGUACUUCCACUCCUAGAGCCCCAUCUAAGGCUGCAUCUAGACCAGCAUCUAGAGCAGCUACUUCCUGUGCAUCCAGUCGACUCCCAGUAGAUAUAGAAGGAGAAGAUGAAGAUAUGUUCAAUGAAGAGGAGGAGAUGGCAGAUGUGCCCAUUGAGCAAGAUCGACCACCACAGCCUUCUAAAAAACGGUAG